CGCUGCGCGCCGUGGAUACACUGAUACUAUGGAUACCAAGAGUCUUUUUCCACGUUAAAAGUUCACAAUGAGGGAUAAAAGUAAAACGCGGUGUUGGGAGAGGGAGAGUUAAUGCUUUUGUGGAGGAGUUUCGUUGAAGUUGAAUGGGAUUUGGCACGUUUACAAGCAUGGAGUUACCGAUGUAUUGGAUUUGGGUUUGUGUCCUGUUCAACGUGCCGCUUGCGGGAUGUUUGGAGAUGCACCUUUCGGAGACUUUACAGCCCGGGACCCUUUUGGCAAACCUGUCCCUCGGCCCUGGAUGGACUUAUAAUAUUGACAGGACUUUAUCCCCCAAAUUCAUCCAGGGCUUUUUCCAAGUUGAGAGGCACGACGGAGUUAUCCGUCUGUCCCACAGAGUUCACUGCGCGCACACGCCGAGGAACCCAGCGCCUGUUUAUUUCAGAACAGGUUCCUCAACAUCUGGGGACGUUAUUCUGACACAGUUUAAUGUGUUUGUCCACGGCCAGGACUGUUUUAUUAAAUACAAGAGAAAGAAAGCACCGGGUAAGCCAGACAUUCACAUUAAACACCUUUCAGAACUGGAGGCAACUUCCUGCUUACCCGCAGGUAAAUUGCUGUUGAAUGUAACAGAACUUUUGCCUGCCUCUGCGCGGAACUUCGCCUUAUUGGACACUCAGUGUGUUGGAAAAGACUUAGAUGCAGAGUUCAGGCAUGGGGGUUUGUUCCUAGCCAAUGACUUAUGCCUUAAGCACAGGGGACAGCCCGGAGUGAACUUGCACUGCGCGUUGCACAGCUCUCCAGGUGGCCGACUCUCUGUGCGGCUGAGUUUGACGCUUGUAAAAGUGUCUAAACCACAUGGGUCUUUGUCAGAAACCGUCCAGAAAAAGUCUGGCAAAAUGAUCCGCAGGGGGAAGAGGCAGGUAAACGCGUCCCCCCAUUUCCAGCUUCCCAACUAUCAGGUGUCCGUCCCCGAGAAUGAGCCUGCGGGAACGCGGGUUAUCACCCUGAAAGCCACUGACCCGGAUGAUGGAGAGGCAGGGAGGCUGGAGUACAGCAUGGAAUCCUUGUUUGACAGCAGGUCCAGUGACUUUUUCAGCAUCGAUUCUCAGACAGGGAGCAUAACAACCGUCCAGUCAUUAGACAGAGAAGUCAAAGACACCCAUGUUUUCAAAGUCACUGUGACUGACAAUGGCACCCCGAAAAGAUCUGCCAUUUCUUACCUCACUGUCACUGUGAGUGACACUAAUGAUCACAGCCCAGUGUUUGAGCAAACUGAAUACCGUGUUAGCAUCCGGGAGAAUGUGGAAGUGGGCUUUGAGGUGAUGACAAUCAGGGCCACUGAUGGGGACGCUCCCUCCAACGCCAACAUGAUUUAUAAAAUUGUGAACGGCGAUGGAGUUAACUCUGUGUUUGAAAUCGACCCCCGGAACGGACUGGUGAGGAUCAGAGAGCGGCCUGACAGGGAGACCCGGGCACAGUACCAGCUGAUCGUCGAGGCCAACGACCAGGGCAAAGACCCAGGUCCCCGCAGUGCCACCGCCACUGUCCACAUCUCGGUGGAGGAUGAGAAUGACAACUACCCACAGUUCAGUGAAAAGAGGUAUGUUGUGCAGGUCCCGGAGAAUGUGGCAGUCAACACCAAAGUCAUCCAGGUGGAGGCUACAGACAAAGAUGAAGGGAACAAUGCCAAAGUCCAUUACAGCAUCAUCAGUGGGAACGUUAAAGGACAGUUCUACAUUCACUCCCCCACAGGUGUGAUCGAUGUCAUCAAUCCUCUGGACUAUGAGAUGAUUCGGGAGUAUAAUUUGCGGAUUAAAGCUCAGGACGGUGGCAGGCCUCCACUGAUAAAUGGCACAGGGAUGGUGGUGGUGCAGGUGGUGGAUGUGAACGACAAUGCCCCUAUGUUUGUCAGCACACCUUUCCAGGCUACUGUGUUGGAAAAUGUGGCCAUCGGUUACUCUGUGAUCCACAUUCAAGCUAUUGAUGGUGAUUCGGGAGAAAAUGCUCGUUUGGAAUAUCGGCUUACUGACACCACACCUGGUUUUCCAUUCACCAUCAACAACAGCACAGGCUGGAUUACUGUGAGUGAUGAGCUUGACAGAGAGACCACUGACUUCUAUACCUUUGGCGUGGAGGCGAGAGAUCAUGGGAUACCUGUGAUGUCCUCCUCCGCCAGCGUCAGCAUCACGGUGCUUGAUGUGAAUGACAAUGUUCCCACGUUUACAGAGAAAGUCUACUCGCUGAAAAUCAAUGAAGAUGCUGUGGUAGGGACCAGUGUGCUGACUGUGACAGCUGUGGACAGGGAUGUCAACAGUGUAGUGACCUAUCAGAUCUCCAGUGGAAACACCAGGAACCGCUUUGCCAUCACUAGCCAGAGUGGCGGCGGUCUCAUCACCUUAGCCCUCCCCCUGGACUACAAGCAGGAACGCCAGUAUGUCCUGACAGUCACUGCGAGUGAUGGAACGCGCUAUGACACAGCCCAGGUGUUCAUCAACGUGACGGAUGCCAACACACAUCGACCUGUCUUCCAAAGCGCCAACUAUCAGGUGAUGCUCAGUGAGGAAAAACCAGUGGGCUCCACUGUGGUGGUGAUCAGUGCAACAGACGAGGACACAGGGGAAAAUGCCCGCAUCACAUACGUGAUGGAAGACAAUGUUCCUCAGUUCAAAAUUGACCCGGACACUGGUGCCAUCACAACACAAGUGGAGAUCGACUAUGAAGACCAGGCCUCUUACACAUUAGCCAUAAUUGCCAGAGACAAUGGCAUCCCUCAGAAAUCUGACACCACCUAUGUGGAGAUCAUCAUCCUUGAUGCUAAUGAUAAUGCUCCUCAGUUCCUCAGAGAUAUGUACCAGGGGACUGUAUUUGAAGAUGCGCCUGUCUACACCAGUGUUCUCCAGAUCUCUGCUUCAGACAGAGACUCUGGAUCGAACGGCAGGCUGAGCUACACAUUUCAGGGUGGUGAUGAUGGAGAGGGGGAUUUUUUCAUAGAGCCUUACUCUGGUAUCAUCAGAACUGCUCGCAAACUGGACCGGGAGAACGUUCCUGUGUAUAAUCUUAAAGCCUAUGCUGUAGAUAAGGGAGUUCCACCGCUGAAAGCAGCUGUUUCCAUUCAUGUCGUUGUGCAAGACAUAAAUGACAAUGCUCCAGUGUUUGAGAAGGAUGAGCUUUUUAUUGAUGUGAAGGAGAACAGCCCCGUUGGGUCUGUCAUAGCCCGGAUCACUGCUUCUGAUCCUGAUGAGGGAACCAACGCUCAGAUCAUGUAUCAGAUCGUAGAAGGAAAUAUCCCUGAAGUUUUCCAGCUGGACAUUUUUAACGGUGACCUGUGUGCACUCAUAGAUCUGGAUUAUGAGACUAAAACAGAGUAUGUCAUGGUGGUCCAGGCCACCUCAGCACCACUAGUAAGCAGGGCUACUGUUCACAUCCGCCUGGUAGACAUGAAUGACAAUGUACCUGUGCUGCAGAACUUUGAGAUUAUUUUCAACAACUAUGUCACCAACAAGUCUAACAGUUUUCCUUCAGGAAUAAUAGGAAGGGUACCAGCUCAUGACCCGGAUGUAUCGGAUAAGCUACGUUACAAGUUUGAGUCUGGAAAUGAGCUCCGUCUGCUGCUGUUGAAUGAGGACACUGGAGAUCUGAGGUUGAGCAGGGACCUGGACAAUGACAGGCCCCUGGAAGCCCCCAUGACUAUUUCCGUCUCAGAUGGGAUCCAUUCUGUUGUGGCCCUCUGCACGCUGCGUGUCACCAUCAUCACAGAUGACAUGCUAACCAACAGCAUCACGGUGCGUCUGGAGAACAUGUCUCAGGAGCGCUUCCUCUCUCCCCUGCUCAGCCUCUUCCUCGAAGGUGUAGCGGCUGUGCUCUCCACCAAACGGGAAGCUGUGUUUGUGUUCAACAUCCAAAACGACACUGACGUGCAGGGCUCCAUCCUCAACGUAACCUUUUCGGCGAUGCAUCCCGGAGGCGCCCCGGGUAAAGGGACGUUCUUCCCCUCCGAGGAGCUGCAGGAGCAGAUCUACCUCAACAGGACUCUGCUGAGGCUGAUAUCCUCUCAGGAGGUGUUGCCGUUUGAUGACAACAUCUGCCUUCGCGAGCCCUGCGAAAACUACAUGAAGUGUGUAUCGGUCCUGAAGUUCGACAGCUCCCCUCCCUUCAUCGCCUCCGACACGGUUCUGUUUCGGCCCAUCCACCCCAUCAACGGGCUGCGCUGCCGCUGUCCGGUCGGCUUCACCGGGGACUACUGCGAGACCGAGAUCGACCUGUGCUACUCAGGGCCGUGCAAGAACAACGGCAGGUGCCGCAGCCGAGAGGGAGGAUACACCUGUGAGUGCCUGGAAGACUUCACGGGUGAACACUGUGAGCUGAAUGCAUCAUCGGGCCGUUGUGUGCCCGGCGUGUGCAAGAACGGCGGCACGUGUGUCAACAGGCUGGCAGGCGGUUUCAUGUGCCAGUGUCCGCCAGGGGAGUACGAGAAGCCCUACUGUGAGAUGACCACCCGCAGCUUCCCCGGGCAGUCCUUCAUCACCUUCAGAGGCCUGCGGCAAAGGUUCCACUUCACCGUGUCCUUCGCGUUUGCCACCAGAGAAAGAAACGCCCUGCUACUCUACAAUGGCAGAUUUAAUGAGAAGCAUGAUUUCAUCGCCCUGGAGAUCAUUGACGAACAGAUUCAGCUCACCUUCUCUGGAGGUGAGACAAAGACCACGGUGUCCCCCUACGUCCUAGGCGGGGUCAGUGACGGCCAGUGGCACUCUGUCCAGCUCCAUUACUACAACAAGGACGGGGGGAGUCUGGUGGACUCCAGUGGGGUUCUGCGGCUCCCGCUCUAUACUGCCUGGCUGGAGCUCAAUCAGAAGGAGCCUAACAUUGGGCGUCUCGGCAUCCCUCAUGGACCCUCUGGAGAAAAGGUGGCUGUGGUUGCAGUGGACGACUGUGACAUCUCCAUGGCGAUUCGCUUUGGAAAGCAGAUUGGCAACUACUCCUGCGCUGCCCAGGGCACCCAGACCGGACAGAAGAAGUCACUGGAUUUAACGGGACCGUUGUUGCUCGGUGGCGUUCCCAACCUGCCUGAGGACUUCCCGGUCAGGAACAGAGACUUCGUGGGCUGCAUGAGAAACCUCAGCAUCGACAGCAAACCCAUCGACAUGGCCAGCUACAUCGCUAACAACGGCACCACAGAAGGUUGUCCUGCAAAGAAAAACUUUUGCACAAACGACGUGUGCCAGAACGGAGGAGUGUGUGUCAGCAAGUGGAACACCUACGGCUGCGACUGCCCAACCGGUUAUGGAGGCAAGAACUGUGAACAAGUGAUGCCAUCUCCUCAGUUCUUCGAUGGCCAGGCGCUGGUUUCCUGGAGCGAGCCAGACAUUACUGUCGCUGUUCCCUGGUACAUGGGCCUCAUGUUCCGCACCAGGCAGCCUGCUGGCACUCUAAUGCAGGCCAAUGUUGGACCUUCCUCCACCAUCAACCUCAUGGUGAGUGAGCAGCAGGUCCGUAUGGAGGUGUUGCUGAGGCAGCGGCUUGUGGCGUCGCUGAGCUUCCCCCAAGUUCGCGUCAAUGACGGAGAGUGGCACCACUUGCUGGUAGAAUUAAGGAGCAUUAAAGACGGCAAGGACAUUAAAUACAUGGCCACGGUGUCCCUGGACUACACCAUGUACCAGAAGUCGGUGGAGAUCGGUAAUGACCUGCCAGGUCUGAAGCUUCAAACUCUUCAUGUUGGAGGUUUGCCUGGAGAGGGAAACCAUGUGAGCAAAGGAUUUGUUGGCUGCAUACAGGGAGUGCGUAUGGGUGAGACUUCCACCAAUGUGGCCAAUAUCAACAUGGCCCAGGGCCUAAAGAUCCGUGUGGAGGACGGCUGCGACUUGGACGACCCCUGUGACUCCAACAUCUGCCCUGACAACAGCCACUGCAGUGAUGACUGGAGCACACACACCUGUGUCUGUGACCCAGGUUACUUCGGUAAGGAGUGUGUGGACGCUUGUCAGCUCAACCCCUGUGAGCAUGUUUCCACCUGCGUUCGCAAACCAAGUUCCUCCCACGGCUACACCUGUGAAUGUGGACAGAACUACUAUGGCCAGUACUGUGAAAACAAAGUGGAGAAGCCGUGUCCUCAGGGCUGGUGGGGCAGUUCAGUGUGUGGACCCUGUAACUGUGACGUUAACAGAGGAUUUCACAAAGAUUGCAACAAGACCACUGGAGAGUGUCGCUGCAAGGAAAACCACUAUCGUCCAGAUGGCGAUGACACUUGCUACCCUUGCGAGUGUUUCUCAGUUGGCUCUGAGUCUCGGACCUGUGACCCUGUCACCGGACAGUGCCCCUGCAAAGGAGGAGUCAUAGGUCGUCAGUGUAACCGCUGCGAUAACCCCUUCGCAGAAGUCACCCUUAAUGGAUGUGAAGUGGUGUACGAGGGCUGUCCCAAGGCGUUUGAAGCAGGCAUCUGGUGGCCCAGGACCAAAUUUGGACGCCCCGCCGCCACAAACUGUCCCAAAGGAUCCAUCGGCACUGCCAUCCGCCACUGUAGUGAUGAGAAAGGCUGGUUGUCGCCUGAGCUCUUCAACUGCUCCACCAUCACCUUCUCCCAUCUAAAGAAACUGAGCGAGGAUCUGCGCCGCAACAGUUCAAGGAUGGACAGCGAACGCUCCAAGACCAUUGUGCGCUUGCUUCACAGCGCCACCAAUAACACUCAGCAUUACUACGGCAACGACGUCAAGAUGGCCGCCCAGCUGCUGAAUCACGUGCUGCAGUAUGAGAGCCGGCAGGCGGGAUUUGACCUCACUGCCAUGAAGGAUGCAGAGUUCAAUGAGAACCUGGUGCGAGCGGGCAGUGCCAUACUGGAUCCCAAUACCAAGGAGCACUGGGACCAGAUCCAGAGGACUGAGGGUGGCACCGCCCAUCUGCUCCGCAACUUCGAGGACUACGCCAACACGUUGGCACAGAACGUCAGAAAAACCUACCUGAAACCGUUCACCGUUGUCACUGAGAACAUGAUUCUAACUGUGGAUUACCUGGAUGUGUCGGACCCGGAAAAGGCGACAUUCCCUCGGUUUCAGGACAUCCAGGAGGCCUACCCCAAAGAGCUCGGGUCCUCCGUCCACUUCCCCCGGUUCAACCUCCGCACUCAGGGCCACAGAGCAGGGCCCACUCCAGCCCCUCCGACUCAGACCGAUCCCCCCCUGGAGGAGGAGCACACAGUGUCUGAUAGGAGACGCCGACACCUUGAGCCAGCUGCCCCUCUGCCGGUUGCUGUGGUGAUAGUGUACAAAUCACUGGGAAAACUGCUUCCAGAGAGAUAUGACCCUGACCGCAGGAGCCUGAGGCUCCCCAACCGUCCGGUGAUCAACACAGCCAUAGUAAGCGCCACAGUCCACAGUGAGGGUCCCCCUCUCCCCCCCAUCCUAGACCCCCCCAUCACCCUGGAGUACACCCUGCUGGAGACAGAGGAGAGGACCAAGCCUGUCUGCGUCUUUUGGAACCACUCCAUUGCGAUUGGAGGGACAGGCGGCUGGUCCUCCAAAGGCUGCGAGGUGCUGAAUAGAAACAACAGCCACAUCAGCUGUCAGUGUAAUCACCUGACCAGCUUUGCUGUGCUGAUGGAUAUCUCCAAGAGAGAGCAUGGUGAUGUUCUCCCCCUGAAGAUUGUCACCUAUACCACAGUGUCUGUCUCCCUCAUCCUUCUCCUCCUCACCUUCAUCUUGUUGUGCCUCUUGCGCCGGCUCCGCUCCAACCUCCACGCCAUCCACAGGAACCUGGUGGCAGCGCUCUUCUUCUCUGAGCUCGUCUUCCUGCUCGGCAUCAACCAGACUGACAACCCGUUUGUGUGUACAGUGAUAGCCAUCCUCCUCCACUACUUCUACAUGUGCACCUUUGCCUGGAUGUUUGUGGAGGGGCUGCACAUCUACCGCAUGCUGACUGAGCUGCGCAACAUCAACCACGGCCACAUGAGGUUCUACUACGCAAUGGGCUGGGGCAUACCGGCUAUUAUCACUGGUCUGGCGGUAGGUCUCGACCCUCAGGGAUAUGGGAACCCAGAUUUCUGUUGGCUUUCUGUCCAUGACACACUCAUCUGGAGCUUCGCAGGACCCAUCUUUGUAGUCGUCCUGGUGAACAUAGUGAUCUUUAUCCUUGCUGCCAAGGCUUCCUGUGGCCGCCAACAGAAAGCUGUGGAAAAGUCUGGAGCUAUUCCUGCUCUUCGAAUGGCUUUCCUCUUGUUGCUGCUCAUCAGCGCCACCUGGCUGCUCGGUCUGAUGGCGGUCAACAGCAACGUAAUGACUUUCCACUACCUUUUCGCUGUCCUCAGCUGUCUGCAGGGAGUCUUCAUCUUCUUCUUCCAUGUUGUCUUCAACAAAGAGGUGAGGAAAAACCUCAAGAACGUCUUGACAGGAAAGAAGACCAUCCCAGACGAGUCCAGCACUACCAGGGCAUCACUGCUCACACGCUCUCUCAACUGCAACAACACGUACACAGAGCAGGGCCCCUUGUACCGCUCAGGCAUCGGAGAGUCCACCGUCUCCCUGGACAGUACGCUCAGGUCAGCUAAGAGCCGCAGCAGCUACCUGGCUUACACACUCAGGGAGGAGUCUGGACAGAAGCCCAGUGUCUCUUCAGGAACAGCUAAAGGACACACAGAUCUGGACGGACCUCUGUUCCACAGAAAUGGCACCAAGGGAGAUGACUCUGACUCAGACAGUGAGCUCUCAGUGGAUGAACACAGCUCCUCCUAUGCCUCCUCCCACUCCUCCGACAGCGAGGACGAUGACAUCGACGUCAAGCCGAAGUGGAACAACGAGAGGCAGCCCGUUCACAGCACGCCUAAAGUGGAAUCAGUGCCCAAUCACAUGAAGCCUUACUGGCCAACAGAGGCCACCACAGCCAGUGACAGCGAGGAUCCCGGCGGGGCAGAGAGGCUGAGGGUGGAGACCAAGGUGAACGUGGAGCUGCACCCGGAAAAUAAGCUUAACCAUAUUGGAGAAAGGGAGAAGGAGAUGCUCCAGGAGAAAGACAGACAGACACCUAGUAAUGCUAAAGAUGCAGCGCCCCCUAGCCAACCCAACAGCAACAGCAACCAUCAGCCAGAGCAGAGAAAAGGUAUCUUAAAGAACAAGAUCAGCUACCCUCCUCCUCUGACCGACAAGAACAUGAAGAACCGUCUGAGGGAGAAGCUGAGCGACUACAGCCCCCCCACCAUCACCUCCCCUCCCCCCAGCAACAACAACACCACCUCUUCCCCGCUUCCCUCCUCCGUCAACAUCAUGACCUCCUCGUCCAGGCCGCCCUCGCUGGCCUCCAACGAGGGUGGUCGCUCUGGCAACCACGACAACAGCUCCCUCAUCAAGCCGCCUGUCGCCCCGCGGCCGCAGAUUCCUGCCGGGCCCCCACCGGCAGGUAUCUACCGGGAGACCAACGGGGGAGUGGCCAUGCACUUGAAGUCAGGGACGGUCAAUGGAGGCAACGAGUCCGAGUCAGAUGGCAGUAACGAGACUUCGAUCUGACCUGCUAGGAAAACCCAGACCAGUCUUCCCUUGUGAGAAGAGGAGCAGCGAGCGGACACACCGCUGGAAGGGAGGGGGGGCCAAGAGUGAGGGGUAAUAAAAUGAGAGAAAAAAAGAGGAUGGAGGGGUGCUGGAGACUGGGUGGAAUUGGGGAAAAUAUUGCUCCUCAUGCCUGCUCUGUCCAUCCAUCCCUCCUCUCAUGUUCCCUCUCUCUUCUGGAGAGCAGUAUUAAUCGCAGACUUAAAGACUGCCUAUGACAAGAAAAUAAGCAGAGAUAAUGAGAAGAUGUGAGCAGUUAUAAAGGGAAUGCUGUGUUGGACUGACGAAAUGGAGCCACGUGUGCCAAAACCACUAAAGGAAAUGGGGACGGACAGUCAGAAGAUGAAGAAAGCCCCCAAGAUGCAUUGCAAGCCCCAGAGUGAUCGCUGUUAUGAGGGGUCUGCAAGGGCCGCUUUCCCUGUCAGCGAGUAAAGUUAGGAAAGCUGGACAAUACUUUCAGACAGCUCCUUUCUCACGGAGAAAGGCAGACAUAUAAUCGCUGUGCAUGAACCCAUGCAUGCUGGUACAGUCUUAUUUGCAGUCCAACAGGAUUUCAAGGACUACAAGUCCCUCAAAGAGUCAGACGUAAACCUGACACAGUCUGUUCUCACUGACUUUUGGACACUUUCAACUCGUUGAUACCGAACAGGGCUAUCACACACCAAGUGCUCUUUUCUUCUUCUUCUUCUUCUUUUUUUUUUUAACUCAAAGAAAGGCUUCCAGCCUCUCGAUGCAGUGCAUUUAGAAUGUAAUUAAUGUGUAGAUAUUGUUAAAGGUGAAGAAGAAAUGAUCUAUUUUGUAUUUCAGCUGUAACAAGGACAAGUUUAUAAACUAAAUAUCAGUCACCCGCGUUACGGAACACUUUCCUGUUGUGAAAAUCACUUGAUGUGCUGGUUUAAUCGACUGAGAACAAUAAUCUGUGUGCCUUCAUCCUGGAUUGAGGCCUUACACACACUCACACUCAUACACACACAGACACAUACUGCAUUAGCCUGUUGUGGGCUUUCAGGUGAUGUAACACACUCUCUGGCAGCAUAUUUUGCUAUACACAUGCAAGACUGUUAUGUUCGUGUGUGUGGACGUCCCCAGUACAUGCACACACAGAACAGCAGUGGCCUAAAUGAACAUUAAUGAUGUGGAAUGGAGGGAAAUUCCCUCGUCUGUUUUCUACUCAGUUCGAGCACUAUGAACCUGAAGCCUUCUUUUCCAGUGUCCAUCCAGCCUGUUUGUUCAAUGCAACACACACUUCUGGUCACCAAAGUCAUGAAAUACGGUAAAUGUGCUGACUAGAGUUGGGGUGAGUUCACUUUUAAUUCAGUUUCAUUCCAAAAUAUUUCAACAAAAUAAAGAAAAGACGUGUGGCAUGAAAGCAAAGUACAGAAUUAGAAGAUGGAGUUCAUGUUUUUGGUAUUUCUUUAAUCCUGAAUUGAUCUAAAUUAACAAACAAAAAAAAAUUUCGUGGCUGAAUUCCUGAAUCUGAAUUCAAAGUGAAAUUACACAAAUUCUAAUACAUUUUGCAGCUAGUUUAAGGCAACUUAAAGUCUGGUUUACCGCUCACUUAAUGCCUUUGUACCAUACCUAUUGUACUCCCCCAGUGUUUUGCCCUCAUGCAGUCAAUGCUGCCGAUAAAUGUCCUUGUGUGUGUUUUUUUUUUUAUUGAUC